GUGCGUCACCUGCAGGUAGAGGACGGUAGAGACGCGCCAAGUCGGUCCUCGAGCAUCGUCCAAUCAUUGGCUGGAAAACAUCACAUGUAGAGUUGAUAAGAUGGCGUCUCCGAAUGGAGGUGAUGAUUUUGAAUCCUCCCUACUAAGUUUUGAAAAGCUCGACAGGGCUUCACCCGACCUUUGGCCAGAACAACUGCCUGGAGUUGCUGAAUUUGCAGCAUCCUUUAAAAAUCCCAUCACAAACUCUCCUCCCAAAUGGAUGGCUGAGCUGGAGUCUGAGGACAUUGAAAUGCUGAAAGAGCUGGGGAGUUUGACCACAGCUAACCUGAUGGAGAAGGUGAAGGGGCUGCAGAACCUGGCCUACCAGCUGGGCUUGGAGGAGUCCAGAGAAAUGACGAGAGGCAAAUUCCUGAACAUUCUGGAAAGGCCCAAAAAAUGACGACUGCAGACGAGAGGGAUCAUUUGUAAUGGAGGACGAUGCUGGACACUGGCCAGCAGGCACUAUUGACUAUUGACCUUGUAGGCAUUACCUUAACCUAACCUGCUUCACACCUCACCAAAGCACACUGAUGCGCGCGACACACCGACACACACUCACACUCACACACACACACUCACACACACACACACACACACACACACACACACACACACACACAUACUGUAUACACACACACACAUAUAUAUAUACACACACACACACACACGGUCCAAUCAGCCAACACCCUCUGCAGACGGUUUGUCUCCUUGUGGAAUGUAGAUGAGUGUGUAACUCUGUUGUACAAAAACCAACCAAUCAGCUGGCAGUGGAACGUUUAAGUAGGUUUACAAAGCUGUAGAAUCUGCCUUUUAUGAUAUGCCUAUAUUCAGUAUUUAUUUUUUAUUUUAUUUUUACGCGGAAUGAUGACAAAUUUACAAAUUUCACAUUUUCUGUAAUUGUUAAAUAAAGUGUUAAAAAAAAAAACC